UGGGCGUGGCCUGCGGGGGGUGGGGGCGGCGGCCUAUGGGCGGCCGCGGCGGCGCGCGGCGGGGGCCGGCCCCGCCCCCCGUGGAACGUUCCGCGCGUUUGAUACAUUGCGGGGCCCCAUUGAGAAAAAAACCCGCGGCGGCGGAGCCCGGCGGCGGCGGCGGCGGCGGCCCCUGCUCCCCCGCCGCGCCGCCCGCCCGCCCCAGCCCCGGCCCCGGCCUCGCCCCGGGCAGCGCCGGGCCGGCGGGCAUGCGAGCAGCCGGGGGCCCGCCCGCCGCCACCCACCUGCCGCCGGCCGCGCCGCCAGCCGGGGCGCCGGGCUCGCCCCGCGCCGAGCGAUGUCCAGGAGGAAACAGAGCAACCCCCGGCAGAUCAAGCGUUCCCUGGGAGAGAUGGAGGACGGCGAAGACGCCGCGGCGGGGGACGCGAGCCCCUCGGCGAGGGAGGGGGCCACCUCGGACCGCGAGGGCUCCGCCGAGCGCGACGCCCCGAGCCCCGAAGGCGAACCUUGCCGCGAGCUGCCCGAGGCAGAGGCUAAGGAUGCCCUGGAAAGCCCGAAGGAGUCAGAGAAACAGGAUCCCGGAGAAAACCCCCCGGAGCCGAGCUCCUGGAGCGGGCCAGAUGAGCUGGAGCUGGCCGUGCUGGCGGGGGAGAGCCGCGUGCGGGCCCGCCGGAGCCUCCCCGAGGGCUUCUCCUGGGGGCCAUUCCAGGGCAGCAUCCACAGCGAGCCGGCGUCUCCGGGGCAGAACGAGACGAGCCCGCCCGUGACGCUGGUGCUGGGAGACGAGAGCUGCUGGCUGUCCCGGCUGCCCCUCGUGCCCGCAGAGCCCGACGCCAACGCCGUCGUCUACAGCAAGGAUGCAGCCCUGUGGUGCAAGACGACGCGCGCCGUGCGGGAGGACGAGGCCGUGCGCGCCUUCGUGGUGGCCGAGCCGCCGGCCGUCGCCAACCACGCGGCGCAAGCGGAGCCCGGCGACUCGCCCUACCCGGCGGCGCUGCGCUCCGACAUCCAGCUGCUGCCGCAGCAGGCGGGCAUGGCGGCCAUCCUGGCCACCGCCGUGGUGAACAAGGACGUCUUCCCCUGCAAGGACUGCGGCAUCUGGUACCGCAGCGAGCGCAACCUGCAAGCGCACCUGAUGUACUACUGCGCCAGCCGGCAGAGCGCCGCCUCGCCCGCCGCCGACGAGAAGCCCAAGGAGAGCUACCCCAACGAGCGCGUCUGCCCCUUCCCCCAGUGCAAGAAGAGCUGCCCCAGCGCCAGCUCCCUGGAGAUCCACAUGCGCAGCCACAGCGGGGAGCGGCCGUUCGUCUGCCUGAUCUGCCUGUCCGCCUUCACCACCAAAGCCAACUGCGAGCGGCACCUCAAGGUGCACACGGACACCCUCAACGGCGUCUGCCACAGCUGCGGCUUCAUCUCCACCACGCGGGACAUCCUCUACAGCCACCUGGUCACCAGCCACAUGAUCUGCCAGCCGGGCGCCAAGGGCGAGCUGUACUCGCCGGGGCCGCCCGCCGCCAAAGCGCUCGCCCCGGGGCUGAGCCAGCCGAACAACGCGCCGGCCCUCAAGUGCAGCCUGCCGAGCUUCCUGGCCGAGGGGCUGCCGGCGCUGCCGCCCCGCGCCGUGCUGCACGCCCCGCUGCCCGCCGUGCCGCCGGCCCCCGCCGCGCCCCCCGCCUCGCCGCCCGCCGGCCCCCUCUCGCCGCCCGCCGCCGAGCCCGGCGCCCCCGCCGCCGACGGGCCUUCCUCCGCCGCCUCCUCCUCCUCCUCCUCCUCCUCCGAGCCCGCGCCGCCCGUCCGCGUCAAGGAGGAGCCCGCCGACAGCCCGGCUGGCGAGGCGGAGGCGCCGAAGAGCGGCGUCGCGGCGGAGCCGGCCGGCAGCCCCGGCGCGGAGCCGGCCGCCGGCUCCCGGACGCCGUCGCCGCGCGGGCUGCAGGCGGGCAAGGUGAAGUCGGAGCUGGCCAGCCCCACGCCGGGCUCCAGCCCGGUGCCCAGCGAGCCGGGCGCCGGCACGGCCGGCGGCACCGUCUUCCUGCCGCAGUACCUCUUCGGGCACGAGGCGGCGGUGGUGCCGCAGGCCUCCGAGAUCCUGGCCAAGAUGUCGGAGCUGGUGCACAGCCGGCUGAAGCAGGGCCACGGCGCGGCGCCGCCGGGGCUCUACGCCGGCGCCCCGGCACCCAAGGGCGCCACGUGCUUCGAGUGCGAGAUCACCUUCAACAACAUCAACAACUACUACGUGCACAAGCGCCUCUACUGCUCCAGCCGGCACCUGGCCGAGGACGGCCCCGCCGCCGCCCGCAAGCCCAAGGCGCCCGCCGGGACGCCCCGGGGCGCCGAGGGGCCGGGGGCCGGGGGCCGCGCCGGCACGCCGCCCGAGGCCAAGGCGGAGGAGGCCGGCGCCAAGGCGGGCUCGCCGGAGGCGUCGGAGGGGGCGGCGGGGCGCUGCAGCGAGGACAGCCAGAGCCCCGGCAGCUCGGUGGACGAGGGGGACGAGGACCCCAGCAAGACGCUGUGCGAGGCGUGCAACAUCCGCUUCAGCCGCCACGAGACCUACGUGGUGCACAAGCGCUUCUACUGCGCCUCGCGCCACGACCCGCCGCUGCGCCGCCCCGGCGCCGCCAAGGCCCCCGGCCCGCCCCAGCCGCUGCGCACCCGCAAGCGCCGCAAGCUCUACGAGCUCCACGGGGCGCCGGCCCCCCCGCGCCGCCCCCCCGAGCCCCCGGCCCCCCCGCGCCCCCAGCCGCCCUCGCCCGGCUCCAGCCCCGACGCCGACGGCCCCAUCGACCUGAGCAAGAAGCCGCGGCUGCAGCCGGGCGAGACGACGGCGACGGCGGCGGCGGCGGCCCCCCCGGCGCUGCCGCCGCUGGCCGACUACCACGAGUGCACCGCCUGCCGCGUGAGCUUCCACAGCCUCGACGGCUACCUGGCGCACAAGAAGUACCGCUGCCCCGCCACGCCGCUGCAGCCCGGCGCCCUCGAGCACCUGCAGCAGCUCAAGGGCGCCGUGCUGCAGGGCCGCCGCAGCCCCGGCGCCGAGCCCGAGCGCGCCAAAGCCGAGAAGGCGGCGGCGGCGGCGGCGGCGAGGCCGGCCAGCCCGGGGGUCCCCGGCGGCAAGGCAGCGGGCGCCUACCCCUGCGCCGGGGACGGGCUGCAGCGGUACCCCAAGGGCGCCAAGGUGCCGCUGCCCGCCUGCCCCUACUGCCCGCUCAACGGGGCCGUCAAGGGCGACCUGGCCGAGCACUUGCGCAGCGCCCACGGGCUCUUCGUGGCCAAGCCGGCGGCGGCCCCCGAGGCCCCGGCGCCCGGCAGGACGCCCGAGCCCCCGCCGCCCGCCGCCUCGCCGCCCCGGCCGCCCGCCCGCCCCCGCAAGGACAGCCUCAACGGCCGCGAGGGCAAAGAGGCGCCGGGCGCCGGCAGCCCCCGGCCGCCCGCCUCGCCGCGGCCCCCCGCCUCGCCCGCCGCCCCCGAGGCCCCGCGGGAGGCCGGCCGCCAGCCCCCCACGCCGCCCGCCUGCACGGACAAGGGCGCCCAGACCCCCCCGGGCAAGGCCGGCCCGGGCCCCGUGCCCAACGGCAACCACCGGUACUGCCGCCUCUGCAACAUCAGGUUCAGCAGCCUCUCCACCUUCAUCGCCCACAAGAAGUAUUACUGCUCCUCCCACGCCGCCGAGCACGUCAAAUAAGCCCCCCCCGCCGCUCCGCUCCGCCCCGGCGCCGCGCGGCGCUCGGGUUCGGCCGCGGUUCGCCCGCCGGGGAUGCUGCAGGCAGGGAUGCAGCGGCCGGGGACGCAGCAGCAGGGAUGCAGCGGCAGGGAUGCAGCGGGCAGCGAUGCCAUGGGCUGGGAUGUUGUGGGCAGGGAUGCCGUGGGCGAGGAUGCUGCGGGAGGGAUGCAGCAGCAGGGAGGGAUGCAGCAGGGAUGCAGCGGCAGGGAUGCUGCAGGUAGGAUGCUGCAGGUGGGGAUGCUGCAGGUGGGGAGAGCCCGGGACCUUGUGUCUGGAGCUGCCGGUUGUGUAUUUAUAAAGGAAACUCGGCACACGCACACGCACGCGCGCGCUGCUCGCCCCACGGCGCCCUGCCCGGCGUGUGGGGGGCGGGUUUGCAGCCAUGGGGCCGGCUGGGGCUCCGCGCGCAGCUCGGCCGGCCCCAGCUCCCCCACUGCACCACGGGGACGGACCUCCUGCGCGGACCUAUGGGCUGUGGGGUGCCCCCCCCCCCCACAGGCGCCCACGCAGCGCCCCUACCUCUGCCCCCGGCCCGCUGCAGGGCCCCUCGCCGGGUCUGGCCCCCCCCCAGCCGUGCCUCACCGCCCCCCGGCCACCCCGGGGUGGGUGCUGCGGGGAAACUGAGGCACGGCAAGGUGGGCACCCCAGCCUGGCACCCAGGGCAGGGGGUGCCCCCAAAUAGACACUACAGGCCGGGGACGGCCCCGGGAGGCGUGUGCGUGUGUGUGCGUGGCCCUGUCCCUCCACCGCCCCCCCCAUUCCCCAUCCACGGUCUGGUGGGUCCACGCGCCCGGCCCGGCCCCUGGAACGAGACAGCACUGAAGCCGAGAAUGAAGCUCCCCCGGGACUCGUGUGUAUAAGUGUGUACAGAAAUAAAUAUGUCUAAUAAA